CACACACACACACACUCACUUGAUUAAAUGUGUUUUGGUUUGACUCUCCAUCAGAACACAAAAACAGCCAUUAAAGUGAGUUAUAGAGCUCGUAGUGUUUGUUUUUGUUGCACCAAUCCUACCUGGUUACUUGUGAUGUCACUGACUUCUCCUUUAAGUGUUGCAGUGUUAUUAUAACUUUUACCGUACAGAGAAGAGUUUCCCACGUUAACGAUUGACGUCAGUGAACUCCCAGUGGAGGAGGCUUCCAGUCAGCUAAUCCCAGAGAAAUGUCUCGGGAUGUGUCAGCAUGUAUACAAGAGAGACAAAGAUAGUUUGGAAAUUAGUGUUUUUGGGGUUGAGAACAGAGGUUUUUAGCUCUUUUGUUUUGGAAGUCUGCAGCUCCAGGAGAGGUUAUUGGUGACUCACUGAUAGUGCUGCAGGAAUAAGUCCGAAAACAUGGAAGUUAGUUUUGAUUUCACGUCAUCCCUGCAGCACUUUAUUAACCUGCUGCAGGUUUUAUGGUGGUUUUGUGCUCUGGAGAAGUUUAAAUCUGACUUCAAGUCUCCUCAAAGUGUUUCUGAUUCCUUAAAAACAGCAGACAGAAGAAGAGCAUGUUCUUCUUGGCCUGGUGCUGGUUCAGUCUGUUCCUACAGCUUUUCAUUAUUCCUACUCGCACUUCCCUCCUUUCCUUUCCUUCUUGAGUCUGUCUAGUUCCCUCGCUGCUCAUUAGCACUUGGACCUCGUCCUCUUAAAAGCCGUUCUCAGUGCGUCUGUCGUCAGCGCUUAGCCUCGUGUAACCUGCUACUCAGGGACUCAUUAGCCUCCUGUGUUUACAGGACAGGGCUGGAGCCUAUAGGUGGAAUGUCCAGGUACAACAACAAGGAAGGCCUCCUUGAGCAAGGCAGUAGUCCUCCCAAACGCCCCUUGUUGCAGUGUAAAUAAAAACACAUUUAGACUUUUCAUUCCUUGUAGUUUGAACCAUCCAAAGACAGAUCCUCUCCUCCCAUCAAAUUCUCGGCGCUCUGAAGGAGGUGAGCGUGUGUCGCUGCUUGUCUCAGACGUCGUGCUUUGCUGCCUGCGAGUUAUUUUGUAGACAGAAACGAGGAGAUUCAAAAUAAAAUAAAAUAAAAAGUGAGCGACGGAGAUGUUUGAGGAGGGUUUUGCAACAAGUAGUCAUAACACAUCUUUUUCAAGGCUUUGUUUGAGUGAGAUGGAAGUGAUUUUUAUGGUCUGUAACAACUGUAGCGUCUCAAAAAGCUUCAUGGAAACCAAAAUAUUUAAAACUGGACCUCCUCCAAUGUGGAGGAGGGGGGAAAAGUCCCUCAAGAUCCACAGCAGGGAGAGAGGGAACUCCCCUUUCUCAAGGAUGAAGCAGUCAAACUACACUCGCAUAUGAUAUUUAAUGUUCUAUAUGCGUCCAUGUUUCGUGCUUACUUUGCUCUUUUAUUUUUACUGCCAGGUAUUUCAUUAGUUUAUAUCUGUUCCUGUGGCUUCCUGUGCAGAUUAUCAUUAUUGCUCUUUAUAUGAGCUGACCUACCACACCAUGUAAUGAUUGACAGGGAGUGAGUCACAGCUCCAGGUCCACUCUGUGAUUGUGUGGAAGGUAUUUAAACACCACAGUGUUUACUUCACCAGGUCACAUGGGGCGACUGUGUGGAACAGGAAGCAGGGAGGCUGAGCGAAUAAAAUAGACUGAAUGGAAAGGCAACCAUCUUUUCAUGCUAAGGGUACAAACGUCCACUUACGCUCAAAGUCGAUCGGAUUACAAUGUGGUGACAAUUUCCCCAAAACGUCUGAUAGGAUAGAAUGAUGAAGUGAUGACAGACAUGACUGUAAGAUGCAACGUGAUUGGUUGGCGGAGGCGUAAAGCUGGAGGCUGUGAGUCUAGUUUUGGAGAGGACCAGACAGCUUUAACAUUCAACUCUUUCCUGAUGUGAUCCUUAAACUCUCACAACAACGUCUUCUGCAGAGUAAAGUUCACUGUGAAAGACGUGUUUCACAACAGCUGUCAAUCUGUCACGGCUUCGCCUCUGCAGUUGUAAAAAUUCCUCUGUCAUCCGUGCAAGGACUAAAGGAUCUGCUGAGCUUGCAUGUUCUCCCUUUUACUGCGAUGCUCUUCUUCAUGUUCACACAGUUAGGAGCUGCUGGUUCAACCACAGACUACUGGUAGAAGACAAGAGGCCUUUAAUUUUGAUACCCAGCCCAGUUUGAGACGUUCUGGGCUUCGUUUCCUCAAACAUCCGAGCUAAGUUCUCUCUGGAGUUUCUCCAUCAGGACAGUUGCAUCAUAUCCUCAUUUUCUAUAUCCAGCACGUGGGGAAAAAAAAGUCUUUAUCAUGUGGACAUGAAAAUUAAUCUAAUUUCUUUUAUUCAAUUUCCUCUGACCCAGGAAAUAUGAUUUAAAAAGCAGCCACCACUGCUGAAGGAAUGAGGUUUAAAUACACAGCACUGCUGUAUGUCUCAUGGAGGUCAGACUCUAGUGUGUGAGGAAGUACACUAGCACACUUCUCCUGAGGUCACAGCAGGGCUAGGAUUAGUGGGUUCACUUCAGCUCAGGUCCAACAUGUGAAAUAUGUGAGAAAGUAGAAGAGUUAGUGGUUCAAAUAAAGGUCUUUAAGUGUAGUUUAGUGUGUUUAAAUGCUGCUUAUGUCACUUGUGUUUGACUCACAGCCCUGUACAUCAGCGAGAGGUCACAACCUCACGGACACUAAUGACCUCACUUUGAACCUCAGCCAAUCAGAGCGAGCUCUCAAACACUCAGGGCCUAUCACAGAACAGCUCAGCAGACGAGCCAAUCGUGACUCACCCCCAGAGCCUUCUGACCAAGGAGGGAGCUGCUCUGCUGGACUCCACUUCCUGGAGGAGCUCAGAGGAGUGAAGAGGGCUUUCAUUCCACUUUAUUUUGAGUUUGGCUCAAGUUUAGUCGUGUUUGCGUCCAGAGAUGGACUGGGAGUUCUGGAGCAAGCAGCUGAAUGAGGGGGUGCUGGUUGAAGAUGGAGACUAUGAGGAGAGCAGCAGCAGCAGAGCAGCCGGUAUGAACGGUAACGGUCCCGGUAAACUUGUGGACCCUCUGGAGGACCCGCUAGCCGGACUGGGCACCUACGAGGACUUCAACACCAUCGACUGGGUGAGGGAGAAGAGCAAGGACCGCGACCGCCACAGAGAGAUCACCAAAAAGAGCCGACAGUCCACUGCGGCUCUGCUGCACAGCGUCAGCGACGCCUUCUCGGGGUGGCUGCUCAUGCUUCUGGUGGGACUGAUGUCAGGUGCUCUCGCCGGCGGCAUCGACAUCGCGGCCCACUGGCUGACGGACUUGAAGGAGGGUAUCUGCCUCGUCGGCUUCUGGUUCAACCACGAGCACUGCUGCUGGACGUCCAAAGAGACGACGUUCCAGGACAGGGACAGCUGUCCUCAGUGGCAGAGCUGGGCCGAGCUCAUCACGGGGACGUCGGAGGGUGCGUUUCCCUACAUAGUGAACUACCUGAUGUACAUGGUCUGGGCUCUACUCUUCGCUCUGCUGGCCGUCACGCUGGUCAGGGCCUUCGCUCCGUACGCAUGUGGAUCAGGAAUACCGGAGAUUAAGACCAUCCUCAGUGGGUUCAUCAUCCGGGGCUACCUGGGGAAGUGGACCCUGAUCAUCAAGACCAUCACCCUGGUCCUGGCCGUGUCCUCGGGGCUCAGCUUGGGGAAGGAGGGCCCGCUGGUCCACGUGGCCUGCUGCUGCGCCAACAUCCUGUGUCACCUGUUCACCAAGUACCGCAAGAAUGAGGCCAAGCGGCGAGAGGUGUUGUCGGCGGCGGCGGCAGUGGGCGUGUCCGUGGCGUUCGGCGCUCCCAUUGGAGGAGUCCUGUUCAGCCUGGAGGAGGUGAGUUACUACUUCCCCCUGAAGACCCUGUGGCGCUCGUUCUUCGCCGCCCUGGUCGCGGCCUUCACUCUGCGCGCCAUCAACCCGUUCGGGAACAGCCGCCUGGUGCUGUUCUACGUGGAGUUCCACGCCCCGUGGCACCUGGUGGAGCUGGCCCCCUUCAUCCUGCUGGGCAUAUUCGGAGGCCUGUGGGGGGCGCUGUUCAUCAGGGCCAACAUCGCCUGGUGCAGGCUACGUAAAACCACUCGUCUGGGUCACUACCCCGUCAUGGAGGUGCUGGUGGUCACGGCUCUGACCGGCGUGGUCGCCUACCCGAACAGCUACACCAGGAUGAGCGGCGCAGAGCUCAUCGCAGAGCUCUUCAACGACUGCUCGCUGCUCGACUCCUCACAGCUCUGUGGCUACAAACAGCCAAACAUCACAACAGAAGCCGCUGUAGGUAACAGCCUGGCGGACCGGCCGGCGGGUGAAGGUCUGUACACGGCUCUGUGGCAGCUCGCCCUGGCUUUAAUCUUCAAGAUGAUGAUCACUGUGAUUACAUUCGGCAUGAAGGUUCCCUCCGGGCUCUUCAUCCCCAGCAUGGCGGUGGGAGCCAUCGCCGGCCGGCUGCUGGGCGUCGGCAUGGAGCAGCUGGCCUACUACAACCACGACUCCUUCAUCUUCAAAAAGUGGUGCUCACCGGGAGCCGACUGCAUCACCCCGGGGCUCUACGCCAUGGUGGGCGCUGCCGCGUGUUUAGGCGGAGUGACUCGCAUGACGGUGUCGCUGGUGGUCAUCAUGUUUGAGCUGACCGGCGGCCUCGAGUACAUCGUCCCCCUCAUGGCCGCCACCAUGACCAGCAAGUGGGUGGCAGAUGCGUUCGGAAGAGAGGGAAUCUAUGAGGCUCACAUCCGGCUGAACGGAUACCCGUUCCUGGAGCCCAAAGAGGAGUUCGACCACAGCAGCCUGACGGUGGACGUGAUGCGGCCCAGGAGGUCGGACCCGGCUCUGGCUGUGCUCACACAGGAGGGCAUGACGGUCGGGGAGGUGGAGGCUCUGGUGGAAAGCACUCACUUCAGCGGCUUCCCUGUGGUCGUCUCCCAGGUGUCCCAGAGGCUGGUGGGAUUUGUACUCAGAAGAGACCUGCUCAUAUCAAUAGACAACGCCCGGAAGCGUCAGGAGGGCGUGGUCAGCGCGUCCCAGGUGGUCCUCACCGAGCACGCUCCGGCUCAGGCCGACGACGCCCCGCCGCACCUCCGCCUCCGAGGCAUCAUGGACCUGAGCCCCUUCACGGUGUCGGACCACACGCCCAUGGACAUCACCGUGGACAUCUUCAGGAAGCUGGGGCUCCGUCAGUGUCUGGUGACGCACAACGGGAGGCUGCUGGGAAUCAUCACAAAAAAAGACAUCCUUAAACACAUGGCGCACAUUGCCAACAGAGACCCCGACUCCAUCCUCUUCAACUGACCUCUCUCCUCCGUCAUCCGUCCAUCUACUCCUCUCUCUCUCGUGGGGGGGAGAGAGAGAGACGCACCAGCUUGCACACUCGAAGGAAAUGCACCUUUUACCUCUUUUCUUUUUUAAAAAAGGGCCGUUGGGAGAGAGCCAAGUAAGUCGAGCUCCAUUUGCACAGGGGACUAGAGAACAAUGGCUCCUUUUUUUUUUUGUUGAUGGAGGCGUUUUUUGGCUUUCUGUUUUUGGCUCUUCCUCACCGACACUGCUGGCCCCAAUUUCUUGUUCAACCCUGAAGGAUGUAGUUGAGAUACACACGAGCAAUAAGAUGGAAACAAAGUUCACAUCUACUCUUUCUUCCAUUCCUUCCUUCUCUCUCUCUCUCACAAGAGCAGGCAACGUUUAAGAGGAGGGGGGGAACAGUUAAUCCUCCGUCACAGACACUGACAAGAGGAGCGAUGGAGGCAUCGGGGAAGAUUAAAUGAAGAGUGUUUUGGGGAGCUCCGUGCCGGGGGCCUCCGGCCGUCACAGCGAGCCCAGACAGAGCACUCUGAGCUGGGCUGAUGGAUGCCCCCGUCCUCCUCCUCUUCCCUCCCCCCUGCAGCCUCGGGGGAGGGGGGCUAAGCAUACAGGUGUGAGAAGACGAUCUAACACACACACACACACACACACACACACACACACACACACACACUCCAUAAAGACUUAAUGACAGCCUGGGAACUCUCCAGAAAUGUCUCUUUUUUUUGUUUUUUUUCGUUGUGUAGACUUGUGAUUUGCCCGGCAACUAAGCAGUGUUGUCUCUCCGAUUGGCUAGUUAUAAUUCUCUAAAUAAAAAUCAUGCACGCAUAAAUGAUAAUGCUGCAUAUAAAGCACACCAUGCCUUAUUGAAGAGGGUGUGUGGGUGUUUCUGGGCUGCUGUGGAAGGGCUAAAAUAACAUGACAACACAAGUUAAUUUAUGUAAAUGUGAAUUGUUUGUCCCACUAAAUUAUUUCACUGA